AUGCGAUGUGAGACCUGUAGAAAUUUCUGCGUGGAUCCGAACGCCAUUAUUGUACGUCAGUGUAACUCUACUGCCGAUAUAACUUGUCGCUGUAAAGAUGAAUUCUACAAUCACUCCAAAGGGAGUGGGGAGUGGAUUUGUGUCCCUUUUAGUGAUUGUCCGCCUGGACAGGAGGUACAGCGACCAGUGAUACACAGUGCUCACAAUGCAAACCUGGAACAUAUUCGACGACCAACUCACUGGAAGAUAAAUGUUUGCAAUGCUCUAUAUGUACUUCAGAUGAAACAAGAAAACACCUUUGUGAUGCAACAAGCAACACUUUGUACUUUCAACAACAGCAGUCAUAAUGAAAUUAGUAUUUCAGCCAUUGGAUCUCAAAGCGAAAAUAACAAUAAUAAUGAACAAAUAGACCAAAUAUGUUCUAAUGUGCCCUCAUCCAGUAACGCUCACGUUGAUGACGAGGAUCGUUCUUCCACAGAACCUGAAAAAAUGUGGUCUCCUGUAUUCCGACUUCUUUCUACUGGAAUUAAUCGUGAUGAAUGGAAAAAUGUAAUGAGAACUUUAUUCGCAAAAUAUGACGAAAUACAGCAAAUAGAGUGUAAAAUUGAAGAAAUAUGCCAUGACUAUCCAAAUGACGUCAAAGAACGUAUAUAUCAGUGCCUUUUAAAAUGGCUCAAACGUGCUGGUGAUAAAGCCUUUCUAGAUGACAUUGUCUCGGCUCUUGAAAAAGAUAAUAUGCUUUCGUUAGCGUACAAACUUGAAAAAGAUUAUCCCAUGUUGUUGCAAAAAUAUUCUAAUGAAAAUAGUAGUUUUCAAGGAGGUCAACUAAAUAGUAGUUGUUGA